UUCAGCGAGGAGGUUACAAGAAACAGGACAGCCGGACAGCGGAGGCCCUUCUUCUUAGACCAGAAUGGCAGAGGAGUGGGGGAAACAAAGUUUUGCUGCCAGGCGGCACAAUGAAGAUACAACAAGGGGCUCUGCCUUCGCCUACACAAACAGCAAUAAUACUCGAGAUCCCUUUGAGGGACCCAACUACCACAUCGCUCCACGAUGGGUUUACAACGUUUCCACACUCUGGAUGUGUAUAGUAGUCGUUUUGUCAGUCUUCACCAAUGGUCUGGUCUUGGUGGCCACAGCAAAGUUCAAGAAGCUCCAACACCCUCUGAACUGGAUCUUGGUCAAUCUUGCCAUAGCUGACCUUGGAGAGACAGUUUUCGCCAGCACCAUCAGUGUGUGCAACCAGUUCUUUGGAUAUUUCAUUCUGGGACAUCCAAUGUGCGUCUUUGAAGGCUACACUGUCUCAGUUUGUGGUAUUGCUGCUCUUUGGUCCCUGACUAUCAUCUCUUGGGAGAGAUGGGUAGUCGUGUGCAAACCUUUUGGAAAUGUCAAGUUUGAUGCCAAAUGGGCCACAGGUGGAAUUUUGUUCUCCUGGAUCUGGGCUGCAGCAUGGUGUGCUCCUCCGAUCUUCGGAUGGAGCAGGUACUGGCCUCAUGGACUGAAGACUUCCUGUGGACCUGACGUGUUCAGUGGAAGUGACGACCCUGGAGUCCAGUCCUACAUGGUUGUUCUCAUGGUUACAUGUUGUUUCCUUCCCCUGGCUAUCAUCAUCUUGUGCUACCUUGCUGUGUGGUUGGCCAUCCGUGCUGUUGCUAUGCAGCAGAAGGAGUCUGAGUCAACCCAGAAAGCUGAGAGAGACGUAUCCAGGAUGGUUGUCGUCAUGAUCGUGGCGUAUAUCGUGUGCUGGGGACCUUACACCUUCUUUGCCUGCUUUGCUGCGGCCAACCCUGGAUACGCCUUCCAUCCUCUGGCUGCAGCCAUGCCUGCAUACUUUGCAAAGAGCGCCACCAUCUACAACCCAGUCAUCUAUGUCUUCAUGAACCGACAGUUCCGCUCGUGCAUCAUGCAGCUCUUUGGUAAAGCGGAGGAUGAUGGCUCUGAAGUGUCCACUUCGAAGACAGAGGUCUCCUCUGUGGCUCCUGCAUAAACCUCUGUGCUCUCCAAUGUGGACAAAAGCAAAAAACACUUUGACUUGUACAGUAAAUAUUUGUUAUUUUAUUUGUCUUCUUUUCGUAAACAUAGUUUUCUGGCAAAUGGAAAAAAAAAAAAAAAAAAAGCGCAUUAUAUUAAUAAUAAAUUUAAGGUGUCAUUAUUUAAUAAUGCUUCACUGGUCUUUUUUGAACUGAAUUUAAAAUAUAAAGCAUUCUAUAAAACUUG